UCAAUGGCCGACCCGCCUCAGUGUUUUAGUGUUGACAGAGAACAUUCAUCGGAUUUCAAUGAACAGGCAGCAUUAGAUGAAGCUAUUAACAUACCUCCCCCAUCGUACCAGCAAGCCCUGUCUAUAUGUGAUCAUGGAGGUAGUGAACGGCCCAGAAGUCCCUCGUUCCUCUCACCACCUCAGGUCUACACACGCACACCAGGCUAUGUCAGUCUAGAUAGCGCACAUCACAUUGCUCCAGUGAGUCCAAGUUCACCAAGAGAAUUUACUGGGAGAGACUCAAACCAUGUGCCUACGAUUGUGGUACAAGCAGAACCCUCAUAUUACUGUCAGACUCUUCCGUCUUAUCAGCCCCGUGUAGAUCCCAACUCCCCACCACCUGACUAUAAUUCCUUGUUCGGUAGAGUAAAGCCUUACCGAAGAAAUGGCUCGGAGGGACCAGAUAUAUUUCAAACUUGCUCCAAAGUGGCUUGCUCAGGAACUAUUGGAAAAGUUUUGUGUACCUUCAUGGUUGUGCUUCUCGUGGGUAUUUUAGUAUUUAUGAUUGUAAUAGGAAGUGUGUAUAGAUUUGACUGCCCAGCUCAGAACAGCUUACCUCUGUAUCUGAUAGUAUCAGGGGCAGUUCCGUUAGUAUGGGCAGUGCGCUGCUUCAGUUACCAGCCAUGUCUUUGUGUGGAUCCACACGAAGAUGAAAGACGUCGCCUGGCUCGACAGAGGAAGUUUGAGGGCAUGGCCAUUGUAGACGCCGGCAUUUUCUGUUUUAUAUUUGCUUGGUUUGUCAUCGGCAGCUAUUGGGUAUACGGGAUGUGGAGCUGGUCGUCAGAUGCUGAGUCUGCCAACUACUGUCACCCCAUGGUCUACUACCUAGUGUUCUGGUCUAUAACUACAAUCUACAUCAUCGGUGGCUGUGUAGGAGGCAUAGUAAUCAUCGUGGUGCUAGGGAUCUAUUGCUGUCACUUCUGGACUGAGUACAUAAAACCGGGCUUCUGUGACACGAGCCACAAUCAUGUGACGGAGCUUUGACGACAGCGAACUAGGACAUAACCCCAAAUUUGUAUCAAAACAAAAGUUGUAUCACAAGUGCUAUUUUCCUAUUUAGUAAUAGAACAUAUGUACAUGUACUGGAGAAAAGGAUUUUAUUUUUACUUGUUAUUUCAUAGGUCUUUAAUUUGAUCUGUUGUGAAUAUUUUGUCUAUGAAGAAUUGGCUAUGAAUUGUACUUGAUGUGUAGCUUGAGAAAGAAUCUGUUUGAACAUCUUUCAUAUCAUAAUUAUCACGGGUGUUUAUGUUCUUUUGUUAGGAGACCAUACACUGGAAGGGGCAGUCAUCAAUAUGGCUUUUUUACUGUAUUAUAGUUUGAUGUUUAACAUUAUUAUUUAUUUCUAUGGUAGUGUUAUAGUGCUAAAACUAAUAUAUACCUUGAAUACGUAUACAUCAGUUUGGUUUACAGUUUGCCUGGGUUUAUAAAUUUAUGGCUUAAGUAAAGAUUUACAUGUAAUCUCUGCAUUAUAAGGUGAUGCCAGUUAUUUAUUAAUAUAUAGUGUAUUUGCUUUGUUACGUAAUAUUUAUUGUGUAUAGUAAUUUAUUGGACCAAUUUUUUAUUUGGGUCUGUGUCAGUUUUUUUUUUCAAAAUAUUUAUUUUACAUUUUAUUUUUAUUUAUGAAUAUGUGUCAGGUAGAAUCAAAGCACAAACACAUUACUGAUUAAGAAGAAGUGUUAAAUGAUAUGGAUUGAAUCAAAAGAUAUUGUGGGUAUGUGUAGCAUUAACGCCGAUUUCACAAGAUCGAGAGGAUCCUACAGAAACAAAAAUGCCUUCCACUUUUGCUUAGUUGAAGGUCUCAUCAGAACACAUACGGUAUCUUCAUACAUCGACGACGUUUUGCUGUAAUUAAUGGAACACUCCAAUACGCCUUCAGAUGUGUCCAUCAAGGCUAUUUUGACGUCACAUCAGCAAAUGUAGAGGUGCUUGUGUUCUUGACAUUUUACAUUAUCAUGUUCAUAUCGUACAUUUAUACGGCUUAUGUUAUAUCAUUUUUACAAGAAACCUUCAAGUGUGGUUGACGACUGAAAAGCCCUUUCUAUUUUGUAUUUGGUUGUGGAAGGUUUGGGAAGUUUACUUUUUGGAUCACGAUAAUGCUAAAUAUCACAAAAAGCCCGAACCUCAUAGUAUGUUACUGAAUGAUCCAUACAUUAUACACAACUCUGUACAAGAAACCCAGAUAAGAUAGAUGUUGAACAAAAUCUUAUGCUCAGUGCAAGUCAACACACGCUCU